GCGCUCCUGCCCGGGGGCGGAAGGACGCGCUGAUGGAGCCCGGCGGGUCCCGCCGCCUCAGCACGGAGGAGCGGCCGGCGGGUGGCGGCCCCGCGGCCCCGCGGUGCCCCCGCGGGCAGAAGGAUUUCCUCCCCGACGGCUCGGCCCGCCAGGCCGAGAGGCUGCGGCGGUGCUGCGAGGAGCAGUGGCGGAUCCUGUCCGAGGAGCGCGUGGAGCGGCCGGGGAAUCAGGUAAAAGCUGAGUGGAAGCCAGGACAGGGCAUCGUGGAGCUGCUGUCCCCUGCGGGGAAGUUCUGGCACACCAUGGGGUUCUCAGAGCGAGGCAAACAGUGCUUGCUGCCUGAGGAAGCUCUGUACCUGCUGGAGUGUGGCUCUGUCCAGCUCUUUUUCAGGGAUCUGCCCAUGUCAAUCCAGGAAGCCUACGAGACCCUGCUGUGCCAGGAGACAAUGAGCCUGUCACAUUACCAGGUGUUCAGCCACUUGAAGCAACUGGGUUAUAUUGUACUGAGAUUCGACCCCAGCACUGUCCCGUCUCCCUACGAGAGGCAACUGAACUUGGAAAGUCACUGCAAGAGCUCUGGGAAACACCAUCGCAAAAGGAGGAGGAGUUCCAGCCCCCGGUCACAUGAAAAGAAACAUAAGGUAUCUGAGGACCUUCCAGGAGCUGAAGGGACCUCCAGCAAAGAUGGAGAUGACUGUGGAGACUCCAUGUGCCUUCCCAUGGAUGAAAAGCCCUUGUCAGUACAGCCAAAGGAAUCAGAUGCUGGCAAUGCAGAGCAGGAGUCAAACCCAGUUCCUCUUGAUACAGGACAAAAGAACUCUCUGAGUCCCUCCAGGAGCCAGGCUGAAGACCACAAGGAGAGCAGCAGUGGCACCCGUGCACCCCGCUGGGAUUUUACCACCAUCACCUUUCCAAAUGUGGCCCCAGACCAGCCGUGCACACACCUGCCCUCCCCUGACAACAGGCUCCUGCCAGAGAACGUGCCAGGGAGGGAGGUUGAUGCAGCUUCCUGGUGCACACGCAUCAACCAGAAACAGGAGAAGCUGACCCGGAAGGAGAGGAGGCAGUGGGAGAGGGAGAGCAGGUAUAAGAGCAGCGUCAAUGCCGACCAGGAGGUGAGGCGCUGCUCCAACUGGCAGGAGUACAAAGCCCUUUUGGAGCAGAGGAGACAGCAGAGGGUUUGGAAACGACCGUCACAUCUCUGGGACCAAGCUGUCACGCCACUUCUGCGGCCAGAUGAAGCUACCUCGUCAGCUGCGCUCCUCCAGCAGAUCAGUGUGCUGCAGCCCUCCCACAUCCUGGAUGGAGCCUCCCGGCUGCAGGAGGACCCAGAGGCCAUGAAGAUAGACUUCAAUGUGUAUCAAGCAGAUGCUGUGUCCAGGUUUAAGAAGACAAACCCUGGGAAGCCAUAUGUCAGGAUGUGUGUUCGGAGCUUUGACGAGCAGAUCCCGUCCCUGCGGGCUCUGAAGCAGGUGACGUACCUGAGCGGGGACGUCCCGCUCGUCUUCGCGCUGGUGGAUCACGGAGAAAUCACCUUCUAUUCACUGAAGGAAUUCAAGUUGCCUGUUGAUGUUAGUCACUGAAGCUGCUGUCACUUGCAGGAAUGGUGUGGGAUGAAGGGAAGAGCUCUGCUCAGGAUUUGUUGUCCUGAUCAAUCAAAUAUUACAGAAAAUAGAACCUGGAACCUUGGGUAGUUGACCACUUUAUGUCUGUAACAGACUUCACCUGCCCAGAUGGCUCAGGCAUAAUAGCAUGAUUUACAGCAAACAAGUGGGUAUGGCUUAGCUGGGCAUUUCUGGACUGGAGUAACCAUGUCUUUGUUCUUGAA